AUGCAGAUUGAUGAGGACCCUAGCAGGCAAGACCCCAUCGUUGACUACUUGAUGAUUGGAAAUCUGCCAACGGAUAAGUCCGAAGCUAGAAAUAUCCAGUACAAGGCCGCGAGAUACUACAUGCACGGCAACAAGCUCAUCCUCAGAUCAUACUCUAGCCCUCAUCUCACCUGCAUAAAGUACCCUUAA